AUGAGUUAUAAAGAUGAUAUUUUCCUACCAGCUAGAAAUAGUUUAAGAAUUAAACAAGAUGAAAGAGAAACAGUUAUACGAUCUUGUAGAGAAAUUACAAGUUAUUCCAAAAAAUGUAUAUUUUCUAUACAUAGAGAUUUAGAAAAAGUUCAAUUAAAAAAAGAACUAAUAGAGUAUUUAAUAGUUAUAAGAGAACAUUUAAUAACAAUUAAUGAAAUAUAUUUUAAUGAUAAUUUUCAACUCAGGGGUACAAUAUCUGGAGCAAUUGAAGAGUUGAUUGAAUUUUUCACGUUCUGUUGUUAUAAAUAUCAUCUGGAAUUAAUACAAUAUGAAAGGUUUAUAGAAUUAAUAAAUUUAAUAACAAAUGACCUAAAAGAAAUAGAAAAUGUUGUCACUUACAUAUUGAAUGAGGAACUGGAUAUUAUUCUUUUGUGGGCACCCACAUUAACUUCACCAAUGAUAGAUAAAGCAGAUUAUUUAAUGGGAUUAUUUGAUUGUACAGGGGAAAUAAUGAGAAUGGUUAUAUCAAAUUCAACUGAUACUCAUGGAAAAUUUAAGAAUUUAGAAACUUUAAAUGAUUAUAAUUUUAUGAAAAAAUUAUAUGAGAAUUAUAUUUUGUUACAAUCUUAUUAUCCUGGUAUUUCAAUAUAUAAUGGUAUAUUUGAUGAUUCAAUAAAUUCAAAAGGUAAUAAUUCAUUUAAGAAGAAAUUACAAGUUUUUGAAAGUUCAAUAAACAAAAUUGAGAAUACUUUGAUAGAUCUUUUAAUAAGUGAUAAAGAGAUACUAUAA